AUGACGGAUGCAAAGCAUGGCAAAGCAGGCAAGCAGCAGAAUACGCCGCUGAAGAUUACGGCGCCUGCCAAGGCCCACGGGGUCAUAGUCACGGCGCAGCUCGUGGCCGAGCAGCUUGAGCUGCAGUGCCCAGUCAAGGAUGCCGGGAUUGUUGCCUUCUAUUUCCCUGGCUAUCCGACUGCGGUGGACAAGACCUGCCAGGCUGCCUUUCUGGCAAACUUCUUCCCAAGGAGCCUACAGGUGGGUCCUGUCAAUCAGAAGCCCGUGCAGUUCGGGAAUGCCGAGGCGGCCUUUCAGUCUUUGAAGUUCUGGGAGCGCCACGAGGAGUUCCAGAAGCUGUCAGGCGACGAGGCCUUCACGAAGAAGCUGCAGCUGAAGGGCACGGAAGACUUCACCUAUUCCGGGUACAGCAGCAAUUGGGCAGCAAUGCGUCAUGUCCUGCAGAACAAGUUCCAGGACCCCCAGCUGCGGCAGGGCCUCCGAGCCACUGACGACGCGGUCCUGUUGGAGCACAACCCAGUAUCGAACCGUGAUGCCAUUUGGUCAAACAACAGCGAUGGCUCCGGGAAAAAUUGGCUGGGCCUUCAGCUGAUGAUCCUUCGUACUGAGCUGCGGCGAGCAGACAAAUGGGAGAGUUGGCUGAGGCAGCACGUGGACUUUUCGACUGGGGCUUUCCACGGCGAAGCAUGGCCGACACUGGUUCGAAGAGCUACUUUGUGUUUGCGGAGAUCUUUGCAAAGCAGUUUGUGA